UGGCGGGCGACUCGUCGACAAAACGCAGCAUCGGUAUUCAAUAUAGCGACGUACCUGUUGCGGAACAUCAUCGACACGGUCGGAGGUAGUAAAUUGCUUAUUCCGUUGUGGUAUUCGACGGCGCUUGAUGAUUUAUGGAGAGACGUGGAAUCCAGGAGAAAACAAGAAGGCGUUCGAGGGUGAAGGUGGCAUUCGGAUCGCCAAGCGCUAUUCGAUCCGGGCCUCGAAGUUAUUCGGAGAGGGGAGGGAAGGGCGGUGGUUGUAUGUAUGUAUACGUUUCCCGAUCCGUUAUUUUAGGAGUGUGGGAAAAAAGCAUGUAAUUCUGAAAUGCGGUGGAGACGGCUCAAGUGUCACAUCCCAAUCACGGUCUAUCGGGGGGGAUGGUAGCGAUCGCAGGGAUUGCGACCACAAAGUGGGCGGCUUCAAGAUGAUAUCGAGGAUCGCGAGGAGCGGAGACAAAGAGAGGAGGGGGUGGGAAUAAUUUGGGGAAGAGGUCCGAGUGGUAUUCGAAGACGAGAAC